GGAAGAGGGGCAUGAAGAGGGACAGGCGACCAAUCGCCUUCCGAAGAGGGUGGGUUCCUGCCCGUCCAUUGGCCCCUCUCCCUGUCACUCCCCGCGGGGGCGGGGACAAUGAGACGGGAGGAGGAGGGAGAUGGCGACGAACUGGCGGGUCCUCGACAACGUGCCCUUCCUCCUCUACCUGCUUGCCGCCAAGUCGCUGCUCCUCUGCCUGGCCUUCAUCGGGGCCAAGCGCUGGCAGGCGCGGCGGCUGCGGCUGGCGGCGGAGGCGGCGGCUGCGGUGGGAGACAGCGACAAGCGGCGCUAGAGGCCGCGGCGGAGGAGGAGGAGGAGGCCGUGAGUGAAAGCUUGGGCCCGGGGGGCGG